CGGACCCUCAACGAGGCUACGCCCUCCGAGGCCAGUUCGAAGGCUGGGUCCUCCGCCUCCGUGGACCGCAUAAGCCGUGGCAAAUUUGGACAGGCGGACUAGCUUUGUAUGAAUGAAUAGGCAACGUCCUUCAACGCACAAUUCAUGUUCUAUGUCUCUAUUUUUUAGAGACGUGCCAUUCCAGUCCGGCAGGUGGCGCUAAUGGGCAUAUAGGCAGGUUGUUGGCUGCAACUUAACGCGAGGAAGAAGUAGUGUUGUCGUCAUCUUCAUCAUUAGCAGCAGCAGCAGCAGCAUCUGCUGCCAUAAUACAGGAUUCAUGCACACAAUAUACUGUAGAGUUCUAUGUCCUUCGAAAUCCUGCGUUAGAGGAGGUCGACUCUUGAACCACACUCCAGUCCAGAUGGUGGCGGUAAUGCUCCGUCAAAAUCUGAUUGCCAACCGCCAUUAGACACAGAAGAAGUAGAUUGUAGCAACGUGCUAAUGGCAGCAACCGGUCAACGAGGACGGCCUUUUCCUUAUCCUUGAUCUUUUUCUUUUUGCGCAAGUGGCCGUUCGUGGAAGUGACACCAAGAUGUCAUUCAGGGCGCUCAGGGGCCUUGCGGCGGAUCUCCGUGCAAGUUUGGGGCCGACGAGGACGUCGCGCGAGGCUCGGCGGAAUGUUGUCGCCACGCAGCCCCCCGCCCGUCUCUUGUCGCAAGGCAAACGCUCGCCGGCCAAGCUGAAGCUGAGGACGCGUGUGGCGGUGUCGCUGCUCCUGGGCGGCGGGCUCCUGGCGGCGUGGGCGCUGGCGGACGCCGAGAAGCGGCGGGAAGAGCAGCGGACGCGCGCCGAGCAGCUGCGGCGGGCGGCGCUGGGUCAGGGCGACUUUAGCCUGGUGGACCACCGCGGGCAGCGCCGCACCAAGCGAGACUUCCUGGGCCGCUGGGUGCUGCUCUACUUUGGCUUCACGCGCUGCCCCGACAUCUGCCCCGACGAGCUGGACAAGAUGAGCGCCGUCGUGGCCGAGCUGGACGCCGACGCCUCGCUGCCGCCCGUGCAGCCGCUCUUCAUCACCGUCGACCCCGAGCGCGACCACGUGGAAGCGCUGGCCCGCUACGUUCAAGACUUUCACCCUCGAAUGGUGGGCCUGACCGGCACGUCGGAGGAGGUGCAGGAGGCGGGCCGCCACUACCGUGUCUACGCCAGCCGCGGCCCGCCGGACCAGGACGGCGACUACCUGCUGGACCACUCCAUCCUCAUCUACCUGCUGGGUCCCGACGGACUCCUGGUGGACUACUACAACCGUUUGAAGGACAAGGAGCACAUGGCUCAAAGCGUCCGCCGCCACAUGGCCGAGCGGCGCGGGUGACCCGACGGCGCCGGCCGUCGUCCCGCCUGGGAAAUGACUUGGCUACUUUGAGCGGGAAGCUACCGUAUUUCCACAGAAGUGUCCGACGCAGACGUUCCCGUCAAACGAGAACAUUAUGAAAAGCGGGAAGAAAACACAAGCAAGCGGGGCAUUGUGUUCAAAGGAAAAAGAAAAAAAACGGAUGAAAAACAAGAGGGAUGUUUCCAAGAAAAAAAAAACCAACUAGGUAAAUUUGCCAAUAUGCACGGGUUAACUGUAUUGUUUGUUUUUAUUGCCAU